CCCAGGGGUCGGGGGAAGGGUCCCACCGUGGCGAGGGGCGGGCUGGCGGGUGUCGGCACCUCCUGGCACCCCUAGCCGGGUCCUCGGGGCGCCCGAGCCGGUCUCCCAGCGCCCCCGGCCCGUGUUUCCAUCCCCGGGCGUCCUACCGGUCCGGCGUCCACUGUGACUAGGUCUGCCGGCCUUUGUGCCUGGGAACUGGUUUGCUGAGUCACUCGCUGCACUUUCAGCGGAGCAGCUGGUUGACCUCGAAUCCAUGACAUUAAAAUGCUUCUUGGGUCCUGCUGUGUAGGGGACAGUGCGCAUACAAGGUCUGCGGGGAGGAGCCCCCGGGGGGCUGAGCCCAAGAAUAGUGACUCAGUGUGUGUGCAGGGCACAGAAGCGGGGAGCUCCCGGGCCAUUCGGGCGCCCCAGGGCCCACUUUGAGCUGGCUCUCUGUGGAGCCGGCUCGCGGAGAGGAGGGUGAAGCGCUGCGGGCAUUGGGGGCCCAAGUUUGAACUUUAUUCUCUGUUCUGGAGGAGACAUGCCGGCGGCAGGACUUCAACCCCAGUGAAUAUGAUCUGAAGUUUCAGAAGAACGUGCUUGACCUCACUCUCCAGUGGAGAUUCGCCAACCUGCCCAAUAAUGCCAAGCUGGAGAUGGUGCCCAUCUCCCGGAGCCGCGAGGGGCCCGAGAACAUGGUUCGCAUCGCUCUGCAGCUGGAUGAUGGCUCUAGGUUGCAAGAUACUUUCUGUUCAGGCCAGACACUCUGGGAGCUUCUCAGCCAUUUUGCACAGAUCAGGGAGUGUCUGGAGCAGCCGUGUGAGGCGAGCCCAGUCUGCGUGUACAUGAGGGAUGAGGUGACCGGCAAAGCUGCCUUGCAGGGCACGACGCUGCAGUCGCUGGGCCUCACCGGGGGCAGCGCCAUCAUCAGGUUUGCCAUGAAGCAACGAGACUCUGCCGGCAAGCAGGAGCAUGGGGUCUCCAGGAGCGAAAGCCCAGGAAGCCCAAUUCUUUCCACAUCAGCUGAUCAGGCAGCUGGCAGCCCUCUGCUUCCGUUGAGCUCAGUAGGGCUCAGCUGGGGCGACGGGAGCCAUCAGGAUGAGGCGGGUGCCUCGGGGUCUGGCCACGUGGAUGGCCUGGGCCCAAAGCCGGUGGAUGCUCAGGCAAAGCAGAUCUCAAAGGAGCCUGCACCUAGCCCCUUCGUUCCUUUCUCAGGGGGGGGACAGCGCCUGGGGGGCCCCUCCGGGUCUUCAAGGUCUCUGAUGUCAUCUUCAGCCAAAUUGCCAAAGUCUUACUCUAGCCCCGGAGGCCCCUCCAAGCCAAAGAAGUCGAGGCCUGGCCAGGAUCCCCAGCUGGAGCCGGAGCCAGAGCCGCCGGUGGACCGAGAUACUGUGGUGUGCCAUCCUGACCUGGAAGAGCUGCUCCAGGCCUGGCCUGCAGAGCUGCCUGAUGAGUUCUUCGAGGUGACCGUGGAUGACGUGCGAAGACGCCUGGCCCAACUCAAGAGUGAGCGGAAGCGCCUAGAAGAAGCGCCCUUAGUGACCAAGGCCUUCAGGGAGGCUCAGAUGAAGGAGAAACUGGAGCGAUACCCAAAGGUGGUCCUGAGGGUCCUGUUCCCUGACCGCUACAUCCUGCAGGGCUUCUUCCGGCCCAGUGAGACAGUGGGGGAUCUGCAGGACUUUGUGAGGAGCCACCUUGGGAACCCCGAGCUGCCGUUCCACCUGUUCAUUGCUCCUCCAAAAACCGUCCUGGACGACCACACGAUGACCCUCUUUCAGGCAAACCUCUUUCCUGCUGCCCUCGUGCACUUUGGAUCUGAGGAGCCCACAGGCUUCUACCUGGAGGCCAGGCUGCUGGAACACACUAUCUCCCCGUCUGCAGCUGACGUGCUGGUGGCUAGGUGCCUGUCCAGGGCCACUGGGACCCCAUCCCCGCUGCCAGCCCCUGACCUGACACCCGUUGAGUUGGAGCCAACUGCUGAGGGGCCCCCUGAGCCCAGCCCUGGGACAGCCCAGCCUGUGAGGAGGGAUCUGGGCAAGAUGCCCAAAUGGCUGAAGCUGCCAGCUAGCAAGAGGUGAGAGCUGCCACACUGGAGGUCCCCACUCUGCCGGCCACAGGAC